CCGCCUCUUUCCCCUUCCCCGGGGGCCUAUCCGCGUGAGUUCCGGAGUUUGUGACUCCGAAUUAUCUCCAGACCACGAGUAAACUCCUCCGCAACUGAGGCCGGUCUCUCCCACUCUCAACGCGCCCGCCAGAACCCACGAUUCCCGUCGGGGAAGGGCAGAGGCUCGCUCGGGGGCGGCAUAGCCACGGGCGCGUGCCCCGGAGCGCGUCCCGCCGAGCUCGCGCCCCGCGCUUCCCCACCUAGCUCCGGUGGCAGCUGGCCGCCGCGCGCCGCCGGCUUCCUCUCGCCUCCCAGCCGAGGUGCCUGCUGAUCCCUGCGCCGUUGGAGCGACCCGGGCGAGGCCAGGCGCUCGUUCCGACCGAGGGAAGCCGGAGGAGGGCGGGGCGGCCCGGGGAUCGCAGCGGGGCUUCGCAGAGGCAGUCACCUGAGAAAGCCUCACAGCUAGCGGUGUCCCACUCCUGCCCGGGCUCCGCACCCAGACUCGUGGUCCAGGCCCCGGAGUCGGCGUCACUCUGGUGAGGACAGAAGCACAUCGAGCUAGUGGACAUGGCCACACCGUUCCUACCCGCGGGGGCCACCACGGGCGACAGCGGUGGGGAACUCAGCUCCGGGGACGACUCCGGUGAUAUGGAAUCCCCCCAGAACCCCGAGAUCGAGGCGUCCCGGAGCCUGGCCGAGCAGUUUGAGAAGGCUGCCGCCCACGUUCAAGGCCUGAUUCAGGUGGCCAGCAGGGAGCAGCUCUUGUACCUGUAUGCCAGGUACAAGCAGGUCAAAGUUGGAAACUGCAACAUUCCUAAACCAAACUUCUUUGAUUUUGAAGGAAAGCAAAAAUGGGAAGCGUGGAAAGCCCUUGGUGACUCCAGCCCCCACCAAGCAAUGCAGGAAUACAUUGCAGCAGUUAAAAAGCUAGAUCCAGGCUGGAAUCCUCAGGUAUCAGAGAAGAAGGGAAAAGAAGCCAAUAGUGGUUUUGGUGGGCCAGUUGUUAGUUCUCUAUAUCAUGAAGAGACAAUCAGGGAAGAAGACAAAAACAUAUUUGAUUACUGCAGGGAAAACAACAUUGACCAUAUGACCAAAGCCAUCAAAUCGAAAACUGUGGACGUGAAUGCGAGAGACGAAGAGGGCAGAGCUCUGCUCCACUGGGCAUGUGACCGAGGACAUAAGGAACUAGUCACAAUCUUGCUACAGUAUGAAGCUGACAUUAAUUGUCAGGACAACGAAGGUCAGACAGCUCUUCAUUACGCUGCUGCCUGCGAGUUUUUGGACAUUGUGGAGCUGCUGCUCCAGUCUGGCGCUGACCCCACUCUCCGAGACCAAGACGGCUGUCUGCCAGAAGAGGUGACGGGCUGCAAAACGGUUUCUCUGGUGCUGCAGCGGCACAGAGCCAGCAAGGCUUGACCCAGAGACUGGAAAACACAGUCUCAUAGGACAGGACUUCAGGGCGAAAGAAACUGCAGAAAUGAUACUUCUUUACCACCCGUUUUUGGUAUGCAUUGGCUAAUAAAAUCAGUUCUGAGGAACUGGGAUUUUGACAUAUCAGCAAUUCAUUCUCCAUGCAUACAUUCUGGGGUGUACGGUUUUGGUGAUGAACAUGUGUACUGUGCAUAAUAUAAUCCAAUUCUGCCGAGCGCGCUCUGAAAUUUAUCACUGCUCCAGAGGGUGGGGAGAGGAGCAGACAGAUCAUAUUUCACAAUAUUAAACAUGGCUGUGCGUCUGUGCUCUCUAUCUAUCUAUCUAUCUAUCUAUCUAUCUAUCUAUCUAUCUCUCUUUCUCAAUACAGAAGCAAAAUGUGCCAAUCGGCACUACAAUUAGGGAAGUUCCAUGAAAUCCCAGCACAGUAAAGCACGAAUGUCCCUAUGGCAUCUUCACACCUGAUCUGCAUAGAUGGUGUGAACAAUGGCUGUUCUGUAAAGAUGAACUUGAGAACAAAUUAAAGAAAAGAAAGCAAGAGGGAGAGGACAGGAUUUUGUCACCUGGGCCAUGGACGUCACAUCACCAGUCAGUUCCUGAAAAUGAAGACCUUGAGCAUUUCAGUGUAGUACUCAGCAGCCUCCCUGAGGACUGGGACACGGGUUCCGGAGAACACAUUAGAUCAGGACUCCUCAAACACAGUGCAGGGAAAGAAUUUCCCUGAGGACUCAAAAUUAGCUACAAGGGUCCUUGCAGAAGUAACCUAAAAAACCCAACUCAGUCCUGGCCUGCAUCCCCCUUGGCUGUUGGCUUGCCGAGGUGUGUUACUAUUGGAGUUGUUUCUGGGUACUAGAAGAGCAUCUGUUUGGUUUUAGAAGCAUAAGUAGGCAAGUGUGCCAUGGUUUUUUUGUUUGUUCGUUUGUUUGUUUGUUUUUUAAAUAAACAAUUGUACCACUACUGAA